AUGGAUAAAAGUAUAGCAGGCAUGCCAACUUUGACAAUUAAAGUGGUUUUACUUGGAGAAUCUGCGGUCGGCAAAUCAUCAAUAGUCCUCAGGUUUGUAUCUAACGAUUUUGCACAGAGUAAGGAACCUACCAUUGGUGCCGCCUUUUUGACAAAGAGGAUCUACCGGAACGAUGAGGCCAUAAAGUUUGAAAUCUGGGAUACGGCCGGCCAAGAGAGAUUCGCCCCUUUGGCACCAAUGUACUAUAGGAACGCACAAGCUGCUUUGGUCGUCUUCGAUAUUACUAAUGAACAAUCUUUUCAUAAAGCCCAAAACUGGGUUGAACAAUUACACGAAAGGGUAGGAAAUCAUAUUAUUAUUGCGUUGGUCGGCAACAAAACGGAUUUGUUGGGUAUGCAAAACUUAAACAUGGGUGUAAAAAAAGAGAUGAUAGAAGAUUUUUGUCAACGUGAGAACCUGUCAUAUUUCGAAACGAGUGCCAAGACUGGUGAAAAUAUACACGAAGUAUUCCAAGCCAUUGGAGAAAAGACUCCACAUCCCACACAGAAGGCAAGAAGAAAUUCCGAUCACGACCUGACCAUUACUGAUGAUCAACGAAUAGACCUCGAAUCAACAACUGUGGAAGGUGCAAGGGAAACUGGGGGUUGCAGCUGUUAA